GCUCAUUCCACCCGCGAGAAAGCUUGUGUUCAAGGGACGAUGGCGCUCCAAUUCAUUAUACUAUACAGCCUGGGCUUGUGCCUAGCUACUGUCGCCAUCAAGAUUAUCUACAGGUUAACACUACAUCCUUUGGCGCGAUUUCCAGGUCCCAAAAUCGCUGCAAUCACCAAUCUGUAUGCGGUGAACCACGAUCUAAUAUCCAAGGACUCACUCGUCAAGCACUUAAAAGCACUUCACGAUAAAUAUGGGCCUAUUGUGAGAGUGCGGCCGAAUGAGUUACAUAUCUUUGAUUGGGACGCUUACAGAACUGUUUUCAAAGCUGGCUCCGAUUUCAAUCGUCCUCGCGAAUUCUACAACGCUCCGCAGGUCGAGGGCUGUUUUCUCAAUGUCAGCGACGGACGAGUUGCGAAACCCCACCGAGAUCUUUUCGUGCAGGCUUUCUCCAAAGCUCAGAUUAACGGACUUGAGCCACUCAUUCACGAGAAAAUCGCCCAUUUCCUCCACCGCCUGAAAGUUGAAGCAGACCAAAAUCGAACCAUCGACCUCGACUUGGCCCUGAACUGCCUGACCGCUGAUGUCACAAUGUACUAUUGCUACCAGAUGAGCCUGGGCCUUCUUGAUGCUCCCAACUUUCGACCCAACCUCAUUGUCGAGCUGCAUGAGUUCGCACCAAUAGUGCCCUUUUUCUGGUAUUUCCCAACCAUCGGCAACAUCAUGAACAAGGUGAUUUUCUCAGGGCUACCCCAUAGCGUCGUGAAAGCGUGCUUUCCGGCCGCCGCGUCCGCGAAAGACAUGAUGGCUCAAUGUAGAGCACUGAUCAGCUCCCUGGCCCAAGCACCGGCCAACUCGAAGGAGGUGACGUCUUCAAUAUUCCGCACUGCCCUCAAUCCCGACCGGGAAAAGGGCCAGUAUAUUGCAACUCCAAAUGAACUCGCAGCGGAUGCUGUUCUUAUGUUCCUCGCCGGCACUGAUACCACUGCGCACGCUCUGACGUUCGGCAUCUGGGGGAUGAUAAAGAGACCUGAACUUUGGAAUCGAUUAAGAGAAGAAGUCAUCGCGGUGCUACCUGAUACGAAGAGCCUUGCAUCGCUGAGAGACCUCGAGAAUCUACCCUUUCUUCGAGCUGUAAUAAAAGAAUCCCUUCGAGUCUCUAUGGGGACAUCUGCACGUCUGCCCCGUGUAGUACCACGCAAUGGUGCAGUCCUUUGCGGGGAAAGCAUUGCUCCCGGGACCCGUGUUUCUUUCUCGCACCAUGUGUACAACAACGACCCAGCGAUAUUCCCAGAUCCGUACUCGUUCCGGCCUGAACGUUGGCUUGGAGAUAACGUGGAUGAGUUGGAGAGCCAUAUGAUCAGCUUCUCAAGAGGAAGCCGCAACUGCAUAGGAAUGAACUUGGCCUACGCGGAGCUUCACAACACAUUUGCGCAUCUGGUUCGCAGAUUUGAUAUAAUGAACGACGGUACAACGGACGAGAUGAUGGACUGGACUGAUACGUUUACCCCGAGAUUCAAGGGUAAUCUCAAGGUGAAAGUGCGAGCCAUCGAAUAGGGAUAGAACAGACUUUGUGUGUCUUCUUCUGCGCCUGCAGCAGACUCUGGCCCAGACUCUGGAAUCUGAAACCUCAUCUUCGUCCACUGGUUUUGGGCUGUGAUUAAAACCAUGCCCAUGCGGUCAUUCUCGCUUAGCUCUGAUAUGCUGUGUAUGCGAGUCGUGGUCUAUGAUUCAGACUUUAAGGCAGCAAGAUCUUUUGGAGGAAGCUCGAUAUCAAUUGUCUCUCCUGAUUGAGUUGCCAGAGAAUGCAGGUGCCAGAAGUAAAUAACUCUGUAUCGACGUUGAGUA